GUAGGCUCUGUUGUCCCUCAGACGGCGCUGCUGCAGUGCGUCUUCGCACUUACGCGGAGCGGUAAUGUGAGGAAGCCUCCCGCCAAACAGAUGAGGGAGGAGGAGGAGGGGAGAGGCCAGAGAGAGAAGCGGCUUUCGGGAAGGAAAGUGUGAUCUAGGAGGUGGAAUAGUCCUCUCCAAACUUUGACCUGAGGUGUGACUAUUGAAUGUCCUUCUAUUUGGAUUUGGAUUACACAAAGUUUAACGUUUUUUGGAAAAAUCCUACCUAGGUAAUGUGUCGUUCUCAAUGCAUCAUGUCAGGCAGCUUAUGAUGCCAAUUUGUCCCAUGGCCUUAAAUUCCACAACCUCAUCAUCUACCACCUUUGGUGCUUUCAGAAUCAUGACUCUCAAUGUUGAAGAGUGGGCUACUGCAUGGAAGGUGCUGAUCCUUUUAGAGGCAGCCGUGGAAGAGGAAAAGAGAUCAGAAGAGAAAAGGAUAUUGGUUUGCUGGAACAUGUGGGACAAGAAGUUCCCAGAAGAAUUUGUGAGCAACUUCCCAACACACGCUGUUGGACUUCAUUUCUGAGCUUCUGGUAGUGAAGUGGUACCAUGUGAUUGAGUUCUGGCCAAUGGAAUAUGGUGGAAGAUUCCACGAAGGAACCGACGGCCCUAGAAGAUGGCAGAACUGUAGACAAAAGGCUGAAUCCCUGAAUGAUUGUAUGAAAGAGAGCACACCCCUCUUCCCCCUUAGUGGCAUUAGUCUGUGAUGUAAGGGAGGAACAGAUCUCAAUUACUCUAAGCCACUGAUAUCUUGAAGUUUGUCAAAGCAGCUAGCCUACCCUGCUAGCUGGGUACGAUACAGCAGGUGCUAAUAUUGCUUUGCAACUUAGGAUUUUUACAUCCUCUUUUCUCAAAAGAAAAUGAGAAAUGAACAUUUAGAGGACAUUUAUUGGAUGCCAAGCAAAUGGCCUAAGUCAUGGGAAAGCAAAAAUGAAGAAGAUAUCAUCCAUGCCCUCAAGGGACUUGAAGUUUGCCCAGAGAACUUGGAAUGUACUCUGGGAACAAACAACUGGGCAACUAAUUAUAAGACAAUGUGAUUGGUAGUUCUUAAAGAUGCAGAUGGAGGCCAGGCACAGUGGCUGACGCCUGUAGUCCCAGCACUUUGGGAAGCCAAGGUGGGCAGAUCAUCUGAGGUCAGGAGUUUGAGACCAGCCUAACCAACAUGGUGAAACCCUGUCUCUACUAAAAAUACAAAAAAAUUAGCUGGGUGUGGUGGUGGGCACCUGUAAUCCCAGCUACUCAGGAAGCUGAGGCAGCAGAAUCACUUGAACCUGGGAGGCGGAGGUUGCAGUGAGCCGAGAUUGCGCCAUUGCACUCCAGCCUGGGCAAUAAGAGUGAAACUCAUCUCAAAAGAGAAAAAAAAAAGAUGCAGAUGGAGUGGUGGUAAGGGAGAAAUGGAAAGACUCUCAAAGGAUGUGCUCUUUGGGCCAGGCAGAGAAGAGGUUCGGGUUAGGAAGGGCGAGGCAGUGCAGAUAUAAGAGUCAUUGGCGCAGAUGUCAGAAUGACUAAAGUCCUUAGUAUGUUUAGAGCAGGUAUAAGACAUCUGGAGGUCCAUGAGGCUGGGGAUGUAGGCAGGAAGACAGAGUUAGACAGGACCUUGCUGGUCAAGCUAAGGGGUUUGGACUUUAUGCUGGCAGUUACUUGGUCUCCAAACUCUUCUGAUCAUCACCCCAUCAAUAAAUGAUUUUAAAACCCUCCCCAAUAGAUGUAUCUGUUAAUUUAUAAAGGCCAUUCACGUAUUACCAUGCUUACAUAUCAUCUGUAUUAUCAACAAUACACAAACUGUAGCAUUUUUAAAAAUUUGAGAUGAAAAAUAAAUAAAAAUGAAAGUUUGAAUAUUUUCAGCUCUACCCCACUAGCUUGGCUUGCAAACCUCCUGUGAGGUAAGCUCCCUCUUUGGAGGCUCCUGCAAGAGACAAAAAAUGAGAUGGUAAAGCAGGAGAUGGUGAAGCAGGAGACAUCUACUUAGAUCUUGUUUAAGGAAGGUAACCUAGGUUGCCAGGGAGAGACUGAAUCUGGGGAGAAAACACUAGUCAGGACAGUGAAUUCUAAAUAGUUUUCUUUUGUAUUUUCCUCAGUGAUUUCCAUCUCUCCAUUUGUUGACUCCUUCUAACUCCAGGCUCUUUGGAUAAAUUUGUUUCAAUAUCUGGAAUCCUCAAGGGGAUGGAGAGAACCAAGAAUGUAGGAUUGAGAAGGUGGGGAUGAGGAUGAGGCUGUCUUCCUCCUAUGAGCAUGAGUCAGGACACCUGCUAGAACCUCCAGGAGGGAACCAGUGGUACAGGGAGCAGGAGAGCCCAGUGGGCAGCACAGCAAAGCAUUUGUCUCUCUCUGUCUCCCAGGCUGGAGUGCAGUGGCGCGAUCUCGGCUCACUGCAACCUCCCACUCCUAGGUUCAAGCAAUUCUUCUGCCUCAGCCUCCCAUCGUUGUCUCAUUCUUAGCACCCCAACACAGCUUGCCUGGGAACGCCACUCCCUGAGACAUCCACUGUGAGCCCUGACAGCCACGAGAAAAACGUAGCUAAUUUUCUCGGAGUUAGGAGCCUCUGGGUGGCUUCAUCAGACUGGCAGCAAGCCUAGCUGCUAGUGAGGGCUAGUUAUGGCAAGCUAUGGAGUAGCUGGAGUAGUUCUCCGAUCCCCAGUUCCCCUUGAUGUGCCUUCCUCUUAAUUCCCUGAUCAUCCAUUCUUUUCUUUCCAGGAGCCAGUGCUGAAAACCUGCUCACAGAUUGGUAUCUGAUACCAGUUGGUUAGGCCUUAAUCAGAAUUUAAACCAACACAUUCUUGUCCAAGGGUAUUUGCACUGUAAGCCUUAUGGCUACCUUGUUCCUUAUUAGAGAGAUAGCAAGGAUCAAACAGAAAGUAUGGGAGGAGUGUGGGGUGGAGACCCCACGCUGGGCUCCAGAAACAAGUGGUCACCUGUUCUCAGGUCCAGUGCCCACUUGUCCAGGGCUGUGCAACCCCUCUUCCCGUUGAGGUCGAGGAGGGGUGUUGGCUCUUCUGUUAUGUGGAUGAGAUGCCCACACAGGCAGUGUGAGGGCUUUAGAUGUAGGACCUUGAAAUGCUCUUGAAAAAAGGGAUUUUUAGCAUUUUUCUUUUCUUUGGCUUUGUUCCACGAAUGCACUGCAGGAGAUAGGUUAGAGAUAAACGCUAUGUAAGAUGAUAUUUGAAAAUGGAAUGAUAUCUUUGUUGUUUACCAUUUCAAAGCUUAUGAAGUUGAAAACUAAUUUGGGUCCCUCCCCAAUGUUUUCUUACUGUGAUACGUGUUGUCUUUUAUUUCUUCUUCACAUUCCACAACAGCACAUCCUCAUCCUUGGUAUGAGCCACUGAAUUUUCACAGGCCCUUGCAAGGAUCUAAUGCUGAAGUCACCAUUCUGUGCAGUCUCUGUGGGUGAAGAUCACUUCCCUUUCAUUGUGGUUUACACAGUUCAUUGUGCAGGGCAGGAAAUGAGUUCCCAGUAAUUCUGAUGUGAUCGGAAUCUCAUUUGGUUUCUAUAGUAGGAUCUAAACUAUAUGCUCUCAUCUGAUAUUUUUGCUCAUCUAGAAAAAGAUGAAGUAAAUUCAUGUCUCUGUAAGUUGGAAUUAUGUAGGCAAAAUUAGCUUCAAGUAUGCAAUUUGGGUUUUGAGAGGACACACUUUAAAAUAUUUUUGUGACUGUUCAUGUUGAACUCACUAGUAUAUAGUUGGAUCAGUCGGAGAACCUGUCUGAGUCUUAUUUCUCUUGACAUGGCACAGGAUAAUAAUCCAACCA